CAGACUUUCUAAUCAGUGAUGAGAAAUGGCAGUAUCAUUACUGAGUUUAUCCUUCUGGGAUUCUCCAGUGACCCCCAGAUCCAAACCAUGCUGUUUGUGCUGUUCCUGGGUGUUUAUCUCCUGACUCUGAUGGGAAACAUGGUGAUGAUCCUGAUGAUCAGGGCCGAUUCUCGCCUUCACACACCCAUGUACUUCUUCCUUGGACAUCUGUCCUUUCUGGAUCUCAGCUUCUCCUCAGUCACUGUGCCCAAGAUGCUGCAGAACCUCUUGUCUCCGAAGAAAAGCAUUUCCGUGUGGGGCUGUAUCACUCAGAGUUUCUUUUUCACUCUCUCUGGGGGAACAGAAGCCUGCCUGCUCUCUGCCAUGGCCUAUGAUCGCUACGCUGCCAUCUGCCACCCUCUGCUCUACACAGUGAUGAUAAAUAGGCCUCUCUGCAAUACGGUUGUGAGCAUUGCAUGGGCAAUGGGAUUUCUGAUUUCCCUGAUGAACAGUCUCUUCACCUACAAGCUCCAUUUCUGUGGAUCCAACAUCAUCCACCACUUCAGCUGUGAGCUGCCUCCACUCUUCCCUCUGUCUUGUUCUGAUCCCACUGCUAAUGAGCUUCUUCUAGCUGUGUCAUGUGCAUCUGUGGGGCUCCUGACGCUUCCCCCGAUCCUCUUCUCUUACUCCAGAAUCAUUUCCGCCAUCCUCAACAUCCGCUCCGCUGCGGGGCAAGGCAAAGCCUUCUCCACCUGCUCCUCCCACCUCACCGUGGUGCUGCUGUUCUACGGCACGGCUCUGUUCAGGUACAUCAGCCCUGCCUCGGGCUCAGUGUUGGAGCGAGUGGUGUCCAUUCAGUACAGUGUGAUCACAUCGCUGAUAAACCCCCUCAUCUACAGCCUCAAGAACCAGGAGGUGAAGGUGGCUCUGCAGAGGGUGCUGGGGCGACAGAGAUGCACCUCAGCACUAAAAAAAUAAUAAUCUGUGUGAUUCUGUGCAGGAAAUGAAAAAAAAAAAAACUAUCUCUAAAGGAGACAGAUUUAUAUAGGCUCAGAGUUCUAUGGGAAAUUGCAUCUCUGUUCAAGUCAAGUAUUUUGUCUAGAUUUUGAAGAAAAUAAACUUCCACAAAAACUAAGGCUGGAGGAAAAGAGUGAGGUACAAUUUCCUAGGUAGCAGUCCCUGGCAAAGUAAUCUGAGAGAAGGAUCUUGGGCCCCUCUGAGGACAUGACACAGAUGGAGUGCCUUGGAGUAAAACGGAGUCUCUGGUCAAAUUGCUGACUUUCUUCUUAUGAUUUUUAUAAAGGCGCACAAUUGAGAUAGGAAGCUAUAACAAUGAAGGAGUCAGCUAGACAUCAUAUUCAUAAUGGCAACAGCCAAC